AUGGUCAAUGAAAUUAAUAAACCCUCUGCUAUGGCUACCGUGCCAGCAGAUGGCCCCGACAAUGCUGAAUUGGGUCAACGUUUGGCCGCCUCCAGUCAGGCACUUGUCGAAAUGCAAAGCGAACAUCAACAGCUCAUGCAAGAAAUGGAACAGUUGCGCGUUCGUGCCGAACAGUUGCAGAGUGUCCGUGAGGUGCAGGAGGAACAACAUGAAAUCGAAACACAUCAGGUGUCCCAACGCUCAGUGGAGCAAGUCAGCCGUUCUGUGGCUGCCGAAGAGGUUAUGCACAUACGCUGUACCACAACCGAAGAGGUUAUCGUUGAAGAAGUCGAUGAAGAUGAAAACCCCGAAGAGGCGGAAUAUAUCCGUGCCAAAUUGGCUGAAAUCGCCAAGUUGAAAGCUCAAUUUAAUAGGGUACAGAAUAUGAUCUCCACUACGGAUAUGAUUGAAAAACACAUCGGGGAACAAUCAUCGGUGGCGGAAAUCAAACAAGCAGCUGAGGCCAUACGCAGUGCCGCGGCUUCUUCGAACCUGGUUAAACAGGCUAGUCAAGAAGUUGUUCAACAAAUGACACAAUCAGCCUCGUCCUCAUCUUCCAGUGUGGUCAAGCAGUCUAGCCAGGAAAUUGUGCAGCAACAACAACAAAUCUCUGAAUCCAUACAAAGUUCCUCCUCCACCUCUUCCUCCAGCAUUGUCAAGCAAGCCAGCCAAGAAAUGGUGCAGCAAAGUUCCUCAAGCAUUAAACAGCAGGUAGCCAGUCGGGAGGUUAUACAAAAACAAGAAUCUUCAGAGACCAUACAACAAAGUUCCACGACCAGUGUGCAGCAACAAGUUGUACAACAACAAGUCGUACAACAACAAGUCAUACAACAAUCAGCUGUUGAGCAAAGCGUUUCAUCAUCAACUUCAUCGACAUCGGGCGCCAUUACAGCCGGUGGCGAUGAAAAGCAACAACUAUUGGAAUCAAUGAUCGAUAUGUUUCAGGACUUAAAUUCCGAUCUGAAAUCGCAAGCUGAAAGUCUUCGUGAGGAAAGGGAAAGGAUUAAGGCGUUAAAAGAACACAUCAUUGCUUCGAAGAAGGAACAACCGCCUCAGUAG